CUAUUUCUCCCUAAUAUUUAAAAGAAGGAUUGUCUUUCUUUGCAAAUAUUAAAUAACGUUGUGCUGAAGCCGUGCUUUUUGUUUUAUUUUGUGUAUGUGAUUAAAAAAUGUAGUUCACAAUAUAAUUUAAUUGAUGACUCGCUUAUAAUAAUGUUUGUAGAUCUAAUAUUAAUUAUUUAUUGAAAUAUCUAAAUGCCGACUGACCGUGACUACUUAAUUUUUUCUCAAUCACAGUUCCCAAAAUGCAAGCUAGACAAUAUACCGCAGACAGCCUGCAGAAGGCAAUUUCUGCUGUGAAACAAAAGAAACUGAAAACGAGGACAGCAGCAAGAGAAUUUGGAGUGCCGAAAAGCACGUUGCACGACAGACUGAAAGUGAAUUCAUCUCACGUAAACAUGAAAAAAAUGCCCCGCCUCCUUACUACUGAAGAAGAGAAAGCAUUAGUAGCUUUUAUCCAGUACAUGGCUCAUCAGGGGUUUCCCAUGACAAGGACGAUGGUUAGGUGCUAUGUCCGAGAAAUCCUCAAACGUAAAGGACGGGAAACAGCCAAUGCUGGACAAGGUCCGUCGGAUAAAUGGUUUAGGGCAUUCAUGAAGCGUAAUCCGAUGCUUUCUGAAAGAACGCCUGAAAAUCUUGAUAAAUCAAGAGCACGGAUGUCAAGCCAAAAAACCAUGGAUGGUUGGUUCAGCCUUCUGGAAUCAAUUCUAGACGAAAAUGACUUGAAAAAUAAAGAGUCACAGAUUUUCAAUGUUGAUGAAACUGGGUGGUCGGGGAAAGAACGGUCGCGGACAAAAGUGCUCGGGCCAAAACAGGGACACGUUUUCGCAAAUAAAAACAUCAGAAAUGACCACGUCACGGCGAAUCUCUGUAUAUGCGGAGAUGGAAAAAUACUGCCGCCAAUGAUCAUUUAUAAAGAAUCCUACCCGCAUCGAAAUUUCACUGAAGGUAUUCCAGACUCGUGGAUUUUCGGUACAUCUAUGUCUGGGUAUAUGGACGGGGAACUUUUUCUGUCGUGGUUUAAAAGAAUUUUUCUCUUGAACUGCGGCAGAGAAAGACCCGUUCUUUUAAUACUUGAUAAUCACGACUCUCAUGUGACGCUGCCAUUAGUUGAGACAGCUCGUGCAAACAACGUAAUAUUGGUUGGAAUGCCUGCACAUACAACGCAUAUAUUGCAACCAUUAGAUGUGAAGGUUAAUGCACCACUGAAGAGGAGAUUCAGUUCCCUAGCCACCAACCUGGGCUUUGCUAAUCCAAACUUAACGAUAAGCAAGGGGAAUUUUCCAGUUGUUUUAAGGCAUGCACUGGAACAGACUACACCGUCAUCUGUAAGAGAAGCGUUCCGGCUCACGGGCAUUAUCCCAUUUGACCCUCAGGCAAUCGACAAAAGUCAACUUAUACCACCAACUUUUGUGCGAAGAAAUGAAGAAACCGGAAGAACAGAAAGUACUAAUGUGCGAACAUGUGAAUCGUGUGGCUCCUUCCUAGUUAACCCAUUGAUAGACCAAGGACUUAUUCCUGCAUCUAUGGCACAAAUCUUGAUCCCUCCAUGUAAUGCCCAAAUGAAAGUAAAUCCUACCAAAAAAUCCCGGGUUGUGGCAGAGGGGCGUGUCAUUAGCGGUGACGAGAUACUUAAACAGUUAAAAGAAAAGGAAGAAAAUGCAAGAAAAUUGGAGGAGGCAAAAGAAGAAAGGCGUAAGCUAAAGGAAUUCAGAAAGGAGCAGAAAGAAAGGGACAUUGAAGAAAGGCAACAUAAGAAACAGAAAAAGACAGAAGAGAAGGAACGUCGAGAAAGACAGAAGAAAGAUGAACAAAUUAGGAGAGCUGUGUGUGGACGAUUGGCUAAUAGAAAAUUUACGUGUGGAGUGUGUGGGGAGAGAGGUCGGAUGAAUGACGAGUUAAAUGGUGUGAUGUGGUAUGGUUGUGAUGAGAGUAUGUGUGAGAAAUGGUAUCAUGAAGAAUGUUUAAGUAUGAAAGAGAGAGAAUGUUUAAGAGAGAGUAUGGAAGAGAAGAGUGACUGGUACUGUGGCAAAUGUAAACCCUGGCUGUACCAAGAGGAAUAAAUGUUUCAUUCGUGUUAAUAUGUGUAUAUAUGUGUAUAUAUGUGAUACUUUCAUAUGUAAAAUUGAAAUAAAUAUUAUUUGUAUUUUUAUCAAAGAUGAAAGGAUAUAAUAUCAAAUUACUGAUAAAGAACUAGAAAUCAUGUUAGUUUCCUUUUAUU